GCGCCUAUUGAUGAUGUAUAAUCCUCGCGCUGGUUGUUGCUGUCAGCAUGCUGCAUGAUCUGAGAUCGUCCGGGUUCAGCGGGGUUCUGCUAAUCACCGACUCCGCGGCUCACAGCGGCAGAGAGUUACUCUACAGCUUCGUCCUCGCUGCUUUGCAGAGGUCGGAGCGGGUCCACGUCUUCGGAUUUGAAGUUUCCCGGGAAGAUUUUGUGGCGGGUUUCCCGGAGGAGCCGGCGUCCAGACUUGUCUUUCACGAUGGCUUCUCGGACCCCCUGAGGUGGGGAGGAAACCCCCGGUCGCUCACCAAAGAGGAUUUCACGGCGGGCCGGAUAGUGGAACGCGUGGGGGGCUCUGCAUGCGCCGUCACCGUCGUGCUGGACUCGUUGAGCUGGCUCCUGUCUCACUGCCCUCUCACCUCUGUCUGCCGCACCCUGCGCACCCUGUCCCGGAGCCGUGAUGAGGCGGGGUCCCGUGACAUACGUGUGCUGGCGUUCAUGCAUGCCGAUCUGCAUCCCGCGGGCGUGUCGGACGCAGUGAGGCUCCUCGCAGACACGGCCGUCCACGUGACGGAGAGGGGGGAGAGACACCGCGUCACCGUCACACACCGGAGGAGGAGCGGGAAGAUUGUCAUCGCGGAGGAGGAGCUCAGGAUACGUGACGCGUUCACUUUGGAAAUACUUACCCAGCAAGAAAGUGAGCAAAGCAGACGAAAAGAGGUGGAUCCGACCGAGAAGCUGACGUUUAACCUCCGACUGUCUGAUGCAGAGCGGGAGGAGAAGGCAUCGGCCGCCCUGCCAUAUGUAUUCAGCGCCAGCAAGAAGUCGUCCCUCCUCCGCUCCUCCACGAGCUCUGCAAAGAUCUUCUAUGAUCCGGAUCCAGAGGAUGAUGUGGACGACGAGGAUCCGGACGACGACCUUGAUGUGUGACGGGGGCCCGGGGGUCCGGGCUGGAUGCGUGAUUCGUAAUGCUGGCCCUUUCCGGGCUGUUGGGGAGGGCUGGGGUUUCUGCACCUUGACAUGUUGUGGGGAGGGUUUUAGGGGCUGAUUUCCUGGCCUCUGGUUACAUGGUGUAUCGGUGACUUGGAAGGGGGCUUCCUCUGUCCUUCUGCCCCGGCAGCAAUCCGUACGUGGAAGAUAUGGGGAGCCCGGCGACCGACCUCUGCCUCCUGGAUUCUGGGGGAACGGGGAGAGCGACCAGAUCCCCGGCAUUCUAAUACAAUAUUCCUUAUGGAUUGUCAAUAAAAUGAGCUUUUUCCUCCCCA